AUGGUCGCCUUCAACAAAUUCUUCAACACUGUCCUCCUCGCCGUUCUCUACGCGUCUUCCGCCUCUGCUUUGACCGUGCCCAUCGACUCCAAGCACGCUACCCAUCGUGUUCGCGAGAUCGCCAAUGGAGCCAAGAUUGAAACUUAUCACCCCGAAUCGACCUACGAGACCUUCAACACCGGAAUUGACCACCCUCUCCGCAAGCGUGGCGCCAGCUUGAAGGAAGCAUCGGAGUCCUUCAUUUCGUCCCACCUUAAGGUUGCGCCCUCUUCUGUCGCUCACCAGAGCGGUUUCGCAGGUCAAGUUGCGUCCCACUCUUUUGCCAAGCAAGUCAUCAACGGUAUCCCUGUCGCUAACGCUGUCGCCAACGUCGCAUUCAACUCUGACGACCUCGUCGUUGCCCUCGGCUCUUCAUUCGUUAAACCGAGCAAGGUGGCGCCGAACACUCCUUCUGUUUCCCUCCAAGAUGCCAAGGCCACUGCUGAGAGCGCUUUGGAUGCUACUUUCCUUGACGAAGUCGAGCCCACCGUCGAGUACUUCAUCAAGGAGGACAAGUCUGCUGUUCUCGUUCACGCCUUCCAAGUCCGCAACGAGGAGAAGGGUCUCUGGUAUAACGCCUUCGUUGAUGCCCAAACCAACACGCUUGUUUCCGUCACCGACUACGUCGCCAGGGCUACAUACCGUGUCCUCCCCAUCCAGAAAGAGACUCUCCUCGAGGGUUUCGAGGAUGUCGCUGACCCUCAAGACACUAUCUCAUCCCCCCGUGGAUGGCACUCAACCGGCACCACCAACACCACCAAUACUGCCGGCAACAAUGCCAUCUCCUACAAAUCGUCGCAGUCCACCGGUACCGCGGCUGAAACCAGUCCGGGUGUCUAUUCCUACAUUCAGGACCCCGCCCAGGCCCCCACCGUCACAGCCAAUGUCAAAGCGGCCGUUGUCAACAACUUCUACCUGGUCAACAGCAUCCACGACAUUGCCUACCGUUACGGCUUCACCGAGGCUGCGUUCAACUUCCAGAACGACAACUUUGGCAAGGGCGGCAGGGGCAACGACCGCGUGACCUCGUCGAUCCAGGACAGGGCCGGUACCAACAAUGCCGAUUUCGCCACUCCCCCCGACGGCCAAAGCGGACACAUGCGCAUGUUCAUCUUCACUGUAACCACCCCUAACCGCGACGGCGCGCUCGAGAAUGAUGUCCCCAUCCACGAAGUUGCUCAUGGUAUCACCAACCGCAUGACUGGCGGUGGAACUGGCGCUUGCCUCCAGACCACUGAGGGUGGGGGAAUGGGUGAGGGCUGGGGUGAUGCUCUCGCUGACUGGGCUGAGAAGAACUCGUCGUCUGUCCCCGACUAUGUUAUGGGUCAAUAUCUCCUCAACGACCCCCGAGGCAUCCGGACCCGCCCAUACAGCACAAGCAAGGAGGUCAACCCUCUCACCUACGGCAGUCUUGGACAGCUUGCCGAGGUUCACGAUAUCGGUGAAGUUUGGGCCAACCUCCUCCACAACGUAUAUGCCGCUCUCGUCGGUGAACACGGCUGGUCUGCUGAAGCCAGGACCAACCCUGAUGGCACCGAGGGCAACGUUGUUUUCCUCCACCUUUUCCUCGAUGCCCUGCCACUCCAACCUUGCAACCCCACUUUCUUGACUGGCCGUGACGCCUGGCUCCAGGCCGAUGUCAACCGCUACAACGGCACCCACCGUUGCCUGCUCUGGAAGGCGUUUGCCAGCCGUGGUCUUGGUGUCAACGCUGCCAACCGCAGGGACAACGAAGACAUCCCCUCCGACUGCUGA